CAUCACAACAGUUUGUGAGCAGAGUUCACUGUUCAACUCCUGGAUGCAAGCUUGUAGCUGUGAGCCCUGUUUUGACCAGAGCUUACAACGUGGGACCUGCUGUCCUUCCAAGGAGGAUAUCUGCAACACAGAUAGCAGUCGAGCUGCUGCAUGCACAGGGCAUUAAAGGACUCUACAAAGGCCUUGGAGCCACCUUGCUGAGGGAUGUCCCAUUUUCCAUCAUCUACUUCCCACUAUUUGACCAUCUGAACAAAGCAAAACAGGAUUCCUUGGAGGAAAGGGCCCCUUUCUUUCAUUCUUUCCUGGCUGGCUGCGUGGCUGGCUCAGUGGCAGCUGUGUCCGUCAAUCCUUGUGAUGUAAUAAAAACUCGUCUUCAGGCAAUGGGCAAGGGAAGAAAUGAGGAAAACUAUAAUGGAAUUAGAGAUUGUGCAAG